AACCGUCAAAACCGCCAACAUUCCCUCGCUACCUAUCUUCUUUCCCCAGCCAAAAAAGCCAACAAAAACUCUUCCUUACAACUUUUUCUCUGUAAGUUCAAAACCCCACCAUGAAAAAUUGAAAAUCAACCUCCCUCUGCUGCCAAAAAUUUGCAGAAAUUCAUUGCCAAGAGAUCUCGAGAAAGAAAAAGGCAAGCAGAGCUUAAAUUGGAUGAUAAAAUGCCUCAGCGAGUGAAUGAAGAAGAGAGAAUUGAAAGGAUCAUUCGUGAUCUAUUGAAGCUUCCAGAGAAUAGGAGAUGCAUCAACUGCAACAGUUUGGGUCCACAAUAUGUUUGUACAACUUUCUGGACAUUCGUAUGCACAAAUUGUAGUGGAGUGCAUCGAGAAUUCGCACAUCGAGUAAAAUCAGUGUCGAUGGCAAAAUUUAGUGUAGCAGAAGUUAAUGCUCUUCAAGCUGGGGGAAAUGAGCGAGCAAGGCAAAUUUAUUUUAAAGUGUGGGAUCCACAACGUAAUUCUUGCCCUGAUGCUAGUAAUCUUCAUCGAAUUCGAGAUUUUAUCAAGCAUGUUUAUGUAGAUCGGAAGUAUACCGAGGAGAACAGUUUGCUUCCAAUGGUUAGAACGAAACCCAAGUGUGAUACUUAUGAGAAGCAUUCUUUCGAAAGAGCUGGUAAUGUUGGGGGAGAUGACAUUUACGAACGGCAGUCGCUUGAGAAAUUUAGUCCAAUUGUGAUGAAUAACGAGAAAACUUUUAGAUAUUUCAUGGAACAAAGAAGUCCUCGGUACAAUCAGGAAAAUAUGAGAUCUGGGAGUCAUAAUAGGGGUCGUUCUUCUACUCGCUUUGAGAUAGUUGAUGAUAGGUAUCGCGAUGAUGGAGGUGUGAGGCGUUUUGAUAGGUAUUCGAGUAAAGAAUCCAGAACUGGAAAAAUGUCGCCCAAUUCUCAAAUGAUUCGGGAGACAAAUUCUCCAGCAAUACGCCCGGUCAAAGAUAUUUUAGGCGAGAAAGUUCUGCCUCUGAGAAUUGGUGAACCUCCUAAAGCCAAUGAUGGAAGGGAUAUUGAUGGCUCUGCACGAGACCGGCAGAAGGCAGCUGAUUCUACUAAUCCAAAUUCUGAAAACGAGAAACCAAAGGAAAACAAGACAGUAGAUUCUAGUAGCUUGAUUGAUUUUGAUGCCAACCCUGUGGUUCCUUCUAAAGCAGAGCCAGAGGUACAGCAAACGGCUUCAUCCGCUCCAUCACCCGCGGCCGAAAAGAUCUUCAAUGCUCCAAAUGGGAAUUCAUUGGAGUUCUUAUUAUUUGAAUUGUCAGCUCCUGUGGCGUUGCCUGUAGACAGUACACCACAAAUAUCUACCAGUGCUGAUGCUCUUUCAGGUGCACCUGUAUCUUUACCCGACAGUUCUGAUGCUAUGGAUGCAGGGUCGACAACUAGCAUCCCCAAAGUUUCGAAAGUCAUUGGACCUCCUCCUCCUUCAACUAUAGAGAAGGACCAAACAUUGCUGAGCAAUAGGACCAAUUCUUCGGGGGAAGUUGCCAAUGUACAAAAGUUACCUAAUGAUCAGGAAAAACUUCCUUCUGCCUCGCCUAAGUAUAGUCACUCUAAUACUCUGCAAAGUACAUCUGUUGAAACUUUAUAUGAUCAGGAUAAUAUAACAUCUGCAACAAAUGGUCGAGGACCGGUUCCAAAUACCCCGUCCGAGGAACCAUCUCAAGCUUCCUCCAAACCAACAAAGGAUACUGGAUUGGGAGACGCAUCAAAAUCUAUAGGACGAAAGGAACUUCCUGUGGACCUUUUCACAUUUAAUCACAUGGCAUCGGCUUCAGCAGUUCCUAGUUGGCAAGUGCGUGUACCUCAUGGAAUGGGAUAUGGCAUGCAAUUUUAUCCAGCUGCAAUGUCGAUGGAUCCUUCCACGAAUUCUGCAAAGCCAAGAAACCCAUUUGAUCUUGGUGAUGAACAGCCACAAAUUCAAGCUGCAAUGUUUCCGGCCAUGGAAUCUUUGCAUGGAGCUCUACCUAACAUGGCACCUCUAGUGGGUUUACAGCCUCAUCCAUCAUCGCCUUAUGCAUCAGCACUGGCUUCACAGGUUUCCCCUUAUGGGGUACAUAUUCCACCUGGAGCAUACACAGGGCAGCAAUUACUCCAUAACCCGCAGCUUACUAGACCACAAGAAAUUAGUCCUAAGUUUGGCAGUGGUGAAGAUGCCUUUGCCUCCCUAAACCCCGUUCAAAAGUCCAAAGGAAGAGACUCGUCUCCGGCUCCACCUUUUCCAUCAACUGGAGGAAAUCCAUUCGGAUAGUUUCUCGAACAAGAUGGCUAUGCCAUGGUCGACUACAUACAGCAAGUUUGGAAUUUAAUUUUCAAAAAAAGUUAAAUUAUUAGCUUAGCCAAACAUUUUUAAGUUUACUUUAUAUUGUAGAACAUAAAAAAUGGAGCAGAGGACACUAUUAUAUGUUUAGACAAAAGUUGUAUAUCAUGGGAUGAUAGUGUAAAUUUGUAGAGCUUGUGUUUCAAAUUACAAUAGACUGAUAUAUAGUAAUUUUUUGUGGAUUUUAACAAGCACACACACACAAGGUUACCAAUAAUCCUUAUGUAGGAGCUACAUUUAUUUUGUUUUUGGUACUUUUGUUGGCAUUAUAAAUGUCUAAAUAAUCUCAUAUGAGAUGUCACGUUAUCAAUAUGUUGGUUAGGUUGGACCGUAUCAGUAA